CACCUCUGUCAGGGGAACCCGCUGACACACCCAGGUCUGGGCCAUCCAGUCCCACCGCCCCUGAAGACGGAAGCUCUCCUGAGGCCCCUGAUCGCCACGAUUCUCCUCACCCUGACCACUCCUCCUCUGAUUCAGAGAGGAAUCGUAUGUGUUACCUCUAAAUGUGUGACAUUUUCCUCAUCGAUUCUUCCCUGUCUCUUAUGAGGCGAUGCCGGUCUACCAGCAUGUCCGCAGGCUUGCCAGGGCCUUGGAACCGUCAGUUGUUGUCGGACCGCAGGGUAGACUGUCUGGUGGCGCUGUGGCUGGCGCUGCCAAACUACGACAAGCAGCGCUUGAUCUACCCUGCCCGACAAGGGGGAGAGGAUGGAUCGGGGGCGGUUCAAGGCACCGAAGGGGAAGGAGUCCCAGACUCUCUCCAAUGUUGUCUUCUCGGACUGAACUCGAGCCCUGCUAAUUGGCCAGCCAUCUUCUGUUUGGUGGAGGCCAUUUGCAGUCAUCUCUGUCAGAUCCAUCCCAGCACCACGCAGUCUGCCGGUGUCAAGAGCAGGCGGGCGCUCAUUCUGGCAGACUACGUGGCCAUCAGGGUGGCAGUGCUGAACAGCCCGAGGUUGAUGGCCCAGACCAACCUUCAGCUGUUUGAGCUUAAUCAAAGGACCAUCAGUCAGUGGUACUCCCGGUGUCAGAAGGAGAUGAUGGUGCUGCAGCAGGGAUUGGGGCUCGUUCCUGCCCCCAGCGUCAACGCCCAGCCCCUCCCUGCAGCCAAGCCCCUCCACUACCAGCGGGAGGGGAUCCAGGCACCCUUCCCUUUCCCUACACUGCCCCCCCCCCGGUCCCACGCCAGGCCACCCAGCAAGGACGGUCCACCCAUUCUGCCAGCCCACCUGGAGCAACAACCCCCCGCACUUCCUGGCCCCUCCCAAGCCCUGCCAGCCCAAGGACCACCGACGGGCUCCUCUUUACCUCCUCUGGUGCCAAGGACAAUGGCUUGGAGAAGGGGACAGCUGGGAAGAGACGAAGGCAAUACGAGCAGUACGUCUGCUCCAAAUGCGGGUUGCCGAAGCGGCGGGAGACGAGGCACAGCGGCGUUCUGCUCUGUUGCUGAGGAGGGUAAGACCGUGGCCCAGUGGCUGGCGGAAAUGAAAGACGCUAAGGGGCGAGGUGACGGACACUGAGCCACUGGCUGGGUGGUCUCGGACGUUUUUAUUUUAAAUAGUUCCCUGUUCCUGGACCGAGACCAUGGUGUAGAGGCUUGUGUGUGUUGACGACCCUCAGAGCUAUAUUGUCUGUAGUUUAUAAGACACAGGUAGGGUCACCCAUGGCCAGCAGGUCAGAGGCGAGACACCAGACUAACGUCGGUCCGUUCCCCCACGGGGAAGUCGGGCACAAUUAACGUUUUAUGAGCGCAGGAACAUUUUGACAUAGUUCAAUAAAAUUAUUGUAUAGCCAGUUCUCGUGUGUGACAAUAUGUCUCUUUUCUCAAUAGUUGGGUUUACUUAUGCAUCUGUCACGAAACAAAAGGGCCCAGCUGACCACAACAAAGCACAAGACUUGUCACCCAGCAAAACCCCCUUUCCUCCCUCCAUUGGACUGAAGAUUGAGCAGGAUCUUGAUCGAUGGCCAUCUUGUAGGUUGGCCCGUGGUUUCACAGGGCUCGUGGAGCACCUUAACGGACUUUUACAGAGACCCCAAAGAUGGCUCAAAUGAACUUGAUGUAAACAUGUUAAGGUAUUGAAUUCUGUAAUAUGCAUGUUAAAUAGGCACAGUGGCCCUUUAAGUAGGUGUGGCUACAGUUAUGUUAAGUAGCCAUGUGCUUCUCAAAAACAAUAAUGAGCUAUUUGACAUGUGAUAGUUUUAGGCUCUCAAGCUCUUUAUUUAUCAACCAAGAAAACAUACUAUUAACAUAUUACACAACUUUACAUUUUUGAAACAUUAAAACAUUACAGAACUAUUUCUGACCCUCCGCUUCCAUGCUGUGGUCCUUGACACCCGAGGCCCAGGCCCCCAGUUUUUACAGGCUGUGGCCAAAUUCUUUUAUUUUAGGCUUGCCACAUAUCUUGCAGGGGAAAGCAACGGGUAACCUCCUCUUCCUCACAAGGUUCAUGACCAGCCUUUGCAAUGCUCCUCCUCAAAUAUGUGGAUCUGGUCAAGGGGAGGCCUUUUCCGAGGUGGAAGCGGCAGCAACUCUAGCAUUAGGGGGGGGUUGCUUGUUGGUUGGCACCGCUUUAGCUGUCCUCCGGGCCCCCUUGUUGCUUCUGGAUGGAGCUGGCUUCAGGUUCUUGUCUAGAGGGACACACAGGCAUUAGUGGCUUAUUAUACACAUCACACACAGGAAAAUUGCUAUUGUCAAACAAACGUGAAUUUAAGAGAACUCACCUUUGGGGGCGGUGUCUGUUCAGAACUGGGGGCCAA